AUGACGCUACGAUGCAGUGGGCUGACGCAGUCAUUGGACAAACUGUUCGGUCCAUCGGGCUUCGUGGUAUCUACCGAGUCACUGUUGCAUGCCUGUUGCCCAUUGCAUAGCUGCUUCGCGACCGAUGUCCUGAUACCGACUGUGUUGCACCAGUGUGAAAAGGAACGGUCCAUGUUGUCAUUGCUGACGUAUUCGCAUUACGUGCAUACAUGUAUGGAUGCGAUGAGCAAGGCCGGCGUGGCUGUUACGAACGAUCUGUUGUUGGCCGUGUUUCGUUAUGCACUGCAGCACUGGUCGUUGCAGGUGUUUUUCGUUGUUGGAGUUUGCCAAAGCUUGGCUCCAUCGUUCAGGAGCAAGGUUUACGAGCGGGUGGUUCGAUGGCGCUGCUGUGACCUGAUCCGUCUGAUCUGCAAGAUGCAUUGCGCUACCUGCUCGACCCGAGGAGUGAGAGUCGUCGACGACCGCUGCUCUUUCAUGAUGACGAUUUUAAAUACUGUCGCCUGCGCCGAUCCGAUGGUUGCGCAGAAGUACACGGCGCUUGCCUAUCUGCUGCCGUUCUGCGGAAUUGGUUGCUUCGUUAGUCAUUUUGGCACUGAUCUCGUGUCGGCGUUCGUUGCUUUCUGCAGGCAACCAUCCCUGGCUUCGACGGUAGCGGAUUUGAUGUCAUGCCUGGCGAAUGCGGAUCAGCGGCCCUAUUUUGAAGAUAACUGGGUUAUGGAAAUUUGCAACUACGUUCUUAGCACUGACGAACAGCUUGCUAUGAAUGUAAUCCAGGUAGGUUUGGCAGACUGA